UUUUCCUUUUUAUCACACACACAUAUAUAUAUAUAUAUAUAUAAAGGUGGGUGUGGGGCUUUUGGGUCAUUAUAGCUUAGAGUACUUGUUGUAAUAGUGGUGCUAGUGAUAUCAGAUAUGGGGAGGCAACCAUGCUGUGACAAGCUUGGGGUAAAGAAAGGGCCAUGGACGGCUGAGGAGGACAAGAAACUCAUCAACUUCAUUCUUACCAAUGGUCAGUGCUGUUGGCGUGCCGUUCCUAAGCUCGCCGGCCUCCGACGUUGCGGCAAGAGUUGCCGCCUUCGCUGGACAAACUAUCUUCGCCCAGACCUUAAGAGAGGCCUCCUCAGUGAAGCUGAAGAACAAUUGGUUAUUGAUCUUCAUGCGCGUCUUGGCAAUAGGUGGUCCAAGAUUGCAGCCAGAUUGCCGGGAAGAACUGAUAAUGAGAUUAAGAAUCACUGGAACACCCAUAUAAAAAAAAAGCUGCUUAAGAUGGGAAUUGAUCCUGUGACUCAUGAACCGCUUCACCAACAACUUUUGUCCGAGGAAAAAGCUCCAUCGAAUGUUAGUCAGUCGCAAGAAUCUGACAGCGGCCGCCAAUGCGUUGCUGAAAAUGAUAGCACCAUGAACUCAGAGGCCAACUCGAGCGACGACUCCCUCUUGUUAGAAGACAUUAAUGUUUGCAAAAAUGAAUCUUUAGUGAACAGCUUGUGGCUAGACGACGAAGCCCCCCUAGUGGAUGCAUCAUGGGAGCCAUCGCUGGAGGAGAACGACUGUGCAUGGUUACUGCAGGAUUGUCAGGAUUUCGGUAUUCAAGAUUUUGGUUUAGACUGUUUCAGUGAUAUAGAAUUUAACGUGUUAAACACAUUAGACAUGGGAGAAAAGCAUUAACACGCGUACAUACGUAUAGUGCCAUACUGGAGUGCGUACUAUACUGAUCGAUGAUCAUCGCCAAGAAGAUCGAUCGAGGAAGAAUAUUGUUGUUAAUUUGUAGCUUCAAAUUAAUGUGCACAUGUAAAUGUCUAGUGCUAAUUGGUGUUCAUGAACUUUUUCUAUUUUAUAUAUAUAUACAUAUAUAUGUUCCAGAA